AUGGAGGACGGCCGUCACACACCGGAGUCGACGAAGGGAUCAAAGUCGGAGGAACACUCCAAGAUGAACGGCUUCAAGCUAAAACGAGAUGGCGCUAGCAACGGCAGCAAUGCCGCCACGCCAAACGGUUCCCAGACUGGAAACUCGAGACCCCCAAGCAUGUCGCCCGACGAACACAAGGCCGCGAGUGAGAGCACAGCAACUCCCACCGAGAAUGCCCCGACGCAAAGGCCUUCGCGAAAGGCGUCUCAGAAGAACAUGAAGAGGGAGCCGGUGCUCUUCAGCCAUCUCCCCGACGUGAAGGAAGAUGCAUGCACACACUUUCAGGUCAUUCAUGACUGCCUGUAUGGUUCGAAGAACAUGGGUGCAUCCGAGCACGACGCGUUGGACUGUGACUGUGCGGAAGAAUGGCACGGUGAUAUGAACCAUGCUUGUGGCGAAGAUUCGGAUUGUAUCAAUCGGGCCACCAAAAUGGAGUGCGUGGACGGCGACUGCAACUGUGGUGCCGGAUGCCAGAAUCAGCGCUUUCAACGAAAACAGUAUGCCGACGUGUCGGUCAUCAAGACAGAAAAGAAGGGGUUCGGCCUCAGGGCAAACACGGAUUUGCAAGUUAACGACUUCAUUUUCGAGUACAUUGGCGAGGUUAUCAACGAGCCGACUUUUCGCAGCCGCAUGAUCAAGUACGACAAGGAGGGCAUCAAGCACUUCUACUUCAUGUCACUAACCAAAUCCGAGUUCGUGGAUGCCACUAAGAAGGGCAAUCUCGGCAGAUUUUGCAACCAUUCGUGCAAUCCCAAUUGCUAUGUCGACAAGUGGGUGGUUGGGGACAAGCUGCGGAUGGGCAUUUUUGCCGGGCGUGCAAUCAAGGCCGGUGAGGAGCUGGUGUUUAACUACAAUGUGGACCGCUAUGGCGCUGACCCGCAGCCCUGCUACUGCGGUGAACCAAACUGCACCGGCUUCAUUGGCGGCAAAACUCAAACAGAGCGUGCGACCAAACUACCUCCUGCCACCAUCGAGGCCCUUGGUAUCGAAGAUGGAGACAGCUGGGACACAGCGGUGGCGGCCACCACCACCACCACCAAGAAGCCCCGCAAGAAGAAGACUACCGAGGACGAUGAAGAGUACAUCAACCGCUUCGAGCCUCGUGGCCUCGAUGAAGAGGGCGUCACCAAGGUCAUGGCCACCCUCAUGCAGUGCAAGGAGAAAUGGAUUGCCGUCAAGCUGCUCGGCCGUCUUCAGAAUGCGGAUGAUGACCAUGUCCGGAAUCGGGUGGUUAAGAUGCACGGAUACCAGAUUCUGAAGAUCACGCUCAAUACCUUUAAGGAAGACACCAACGUCGUACUACAGAUCCUCGAUAUCCUGUAUCAACUCCCCCGCAUCACCAAGAACAAAAUCACCGACUCCAACAUCGAAGCCGCUGUCGAGCCCCUCACCCAUUCCGACCACGAUGAUGUCGCGUCGCAGGCCAAAAGAUUGCUUCAAGAAUGGAGCAAGUUGGAGACAGCCUAUCGCAUCCCGCGCAAGAAGCUCGACCCCUCCGCUCCCCGACCACGGAAGCUUCCAACGAAUCUUCCUGCCGGAUGGUUUGUCACCACUGACAGCACAGGCAAGUAUUACUUCUACGAUAAGAGCGGCAACACCCAAUGGCUGCGGCCCACAACGCCUGCUGUCGACGUGCCCAAGGCCUCUGCCAAAGUGGAACAAAACCAAAAGGCUUUGCAGGAUAUCAUCGACAGCUUGACUAAGGAGCCAACGCCUCGUCAUUCUGCGAAUCAAACCCCCAAGUCCAAUACGCCCGUACCAGACCAUGGUAAGAAAGAGAAGUGGAGAUCUCUUCCGAUCGAGAAACAGAUGAAGAUCUACGAGAACACACUCUUUCCUCAUGUGAAAUACGUCAUGGACAAGUUUCACCGCAGACUUCCCAAGGAAGACCUUAAGCGGUUCGGCCGUGAGAUCAACAAGAAGCUGGUUGCGUCCGACUACAAGAACCACCGAGUUGAUGAUCCCACGACCAUCUCCUCCCACCAGGCGAGGAAGAUCAGGAAGUUUGUUAAGGAAUUCUUCGAUCGCGCCGUAGUCAAGCACAGGGAAAACGAGCAGCGUGCCGCACAGAGAGCCGGGUCAUCGUCCUCCGGCGCCCCCUCGCCUAAUAACGGCGGUUCGGCAACGGAAGCCAGGCCAUCACUUGGCCUUAACGGCGCCAGCAGUGCCUCUGCCAACAACCAGCAGCCCGACGCCGAUGGCGAUAUCGUCCUAACAGACGUGGAGGACGAGGGCGACAAUACCCCUGCCACAUCCAGCCCAGACCGCAAGAGGAAACGUGCGGAAGACCAAGACGUCCCGGCACCGACUUCCGAACCGGUACCCUCACCGAAGCGAGUCAAAGAGGACUCGAUAACCGCAGAGUCAAUCCCCAGCCCUCCGCCCCCUCCGCCACCGCCGACGGAUACCCCGCUCACAGAAGAGGAGCGAUCAAUGCGCGAGCAGGAGGAGGCGUUAAUGAGGGAGAACGAAGAAGCGCAACGGCUGGAGGACGAGGAAGCUGAGCGCAAGGGAGCGGCUGCUGCGACCAGCAAGGUGAAUGGGGUAAAUGGGAUCAAGGCCCAUCAUCAUACCACGGAGGCAUCACCUGCUGUUUCCGACGAGAGUAGUGGGAUGGAUGUUGAUCGUGAGGAGCAAAAUAAUAAGCAAGGGGCACAACAACAGGAGCCCGUCAGUCGUUAG